CGAGCAGCUGCUCACAUGUAUCGCGGGUAUGUGGUUAGAAGAGGUGGACCACAACCGGGGGUAUACCCCGAUUACCGCGUUUUUCUACGUGUCCAUAAUGCGUAUCAGAGCCAUUGUCCGAGGCAGAAACAUAUCCCAUACUUCAGUGCACACAACGCUCGGAGAACAUGCAUCCUUACCACGUGCGAAAAGUACAAGAAUUGAUUCCAAGCGACUAUGCACAACGGGUUGAUUUUUGUGAGAAUAUGUUUGAAAACGGUGCGAAGAGGAUGAAACUUUUUUCGACAGCAUCUUAUAGACAGUUGAAUCCAACUUUAACCGAAAUGGAAUAUUCAACAUGCACAAUUUCCAUUCAUUGAGCGUGGAAAAUCCACACGCUAUUCGCCGACACAGCUUUCAACGUCAGUUCGGCG